AGCUGAGCCAUCCCUGCGGUUGGUUCCCAGAGAGAUGCUUUGGGUAUCCCAGGCUGACCGCUCACGGCGCAGUGGGAAAAGCAGGGAAAGGGGGACUGGGAUGAAGCCAGGGAUGCGCACGAGGGCUCGGAGGCUUGGGGGAGCGAGUGGCUUGAGGGGUCGCCAAGCCAGCUGGCCCCCAACACCCAAGCGUGACUGCCCAUAGCCUCCUCUCGGCAGCCCCCACGCCUGCCCCACCUGCAGCAGGGAAAGCCCUUGUCCUGGCAGUCACACGUCCCCUCCAAGCUCCAGCCACACUCAAGAGGCACAGCCCCUCACCCAACCCCACCUCCCCCCUACAGCCAACCCCUCCCAUGCCGUGCCCCUGCUGCCCAGCUCUGCACAGGGGUAGCAGCCUCAUCUGUCUGUGGGUGAGGUCGGGCCCAGGAGGGAGGAGGGGAACCCAGCCCAGGGAGGUACCGGCCAGUGAGUCCAGCAUGGCAGAGGCGGGGAGGCUUCUGUGUGAGUCUGCCCCAUCUCCUGCCUGGAUCUGCCCAUCUGCCAGAGGAGUGAAGCAGCCCAUUUCUUCAUCAACUGGGUGUUGUCCAUCCUCUCAGGCCCUGGGCCAGCCCUGAGGAGCUCGCAUACUGGGCAGUCAGCAUGGAAGGUUGGGCAGAGGGAAGCCCAGAGGCGUGGGAGCCAGGGUUAGGUCCCUGACCCCACUUUCCAGGAGGUGACAGGUGGCAGUGGGAGCAGGUGGGGGGACAGCCUAGGUCCCAAGGGGAAGGGUGCCCUGGGUGAGCUGGAGGGGUGGGUGCUGGGUCGCGGUCCUCAAGGCAGCGCCACCCGAAGCCGGCCUACCUGUGCGAGGAGCUUGUCACCCUCCAGCAGCCUCACUUUGCUCUCCAGUUGCCUGAUGUAGGUGGAUGAGGGAUCUGGAAGGACACAAGAGGAAGGGGACAUUAGCCUCCAGCAGACUCCGUCCCCAUUGCGCAACCCCGACUGGCCCCAGACCCGGCAUGGAAGGUUUGGGUCUGAGGAGUCCCACCCCACAGCCCGGUGAGACCCCAGCCCCUCCGUGCCCUCGCCCGCCCUGUGGAAACAGCACGGCCUGUGGCCAAAGGCUUGCGGCCAUAGAGCACCUGACACCAAGGCACGACACACAGAGGCCAGCCUUGUAGGACCCGCUGCUGCCCUCGCUGUGGGCCUCUGAGCCCUUCUCAGGACCUUCAGGACCUGUAGAAAGGUGGGGGGUGUGGGGGUGGCCUCGCCAGCCUGCCCUGGAGCAAUUCCUUCAGCUUCCAAGAUGCUGCAGGCUCAAACGGAGCUCUCACAAACACAGCCAGGGCACAGCCCACCCCAGGGUCGGGGUCCGGGGAGCCCCCUCCUCAACACAGUGGGGAAAUAGACUUCUGAACUUGCCAAGUCAGCAUCUGGGAUCCUUCCAGUCCACUUCACCUGAUCACCCAGGAACUUCUCACAAGCGAUGUGUGCCCACAGCAUAUGCCGCAGCACACCAAUAAAAGGACGCUUGGGAGCCCCCUAUUCAGCCCUGGACCAGGCCCAGGGCCCAGCAGAGCCACUGGCCCAGCCACAGGAGGGCUCCCUGGAACACCAGCUGGGAAGCAGUGACCAAGUAAACUCCAGAGACCCUUCCGGCUCCCUCACUCUGACAGAGCUAGGACAAGAACGCACCAAUGACUAUGGACCCAUGUGUGGGGUCUCCCUCUGGGUGGAGUCGGGUGGUGGGUACCCACUGUCCCAUGUGGAACACGUGGUACCCCCUGCAUCUGAUGCCUUGCAAAGGACAAGCAGCUACCAUCCUCAUUUUCCAGGUGCAGAGGCCACAAGGAACAAAGUGUCCCCACCACCAGCAGAGCUGACAGCCCCAGCCUUGGAGAGAAGCUGGCAGAGACUCAGAAAGAAGACGCCAUUCCCAGUCACACCACUCUCCCGAAGGCUCUCCGCAGCGCAAUCCUCGGCACGGCCACAGGGCCCCUGCUCACCACAGCACCCCCAUGGGACAGUGCUCCCAGGGAUGGCCCUGAGCCAGGGGGAGGACCCAGCCACUGUGUGUGACCAACAGCCCAAGAUGGGCACUAACUUGUUCUCUGCCCUUCGCUGCCACAGGACCAUUCAGGAGGUGGGUGCACUUUCAGCCCACCCGCCUCCCCCUGCUGGUUCCCACAGGGUGAGCGAGGAGCUCCCAGCACUUCCCUCUCCAUGAGCCCACAAUCAGAGGAGGGAUGGGCUGGAACCCAAGUCCACAGCUGCCCCGUCAGCCUCAGCACCUUCGCUGGGUGCCCCUUCUCCUGUCUGAGCAGUCCGCCCCCUCAGAUACAACUGGGGUUUCACACCCACCUCCCAGUAAGGGUUAAAGACAGUGAUCAGGCUGGCAGGUGGCAUCAGGAGAAGGGAUGCAGACAGGCCAUCCCACAGGUCGCCAGCAAUGCCCCGCCUGCCCAUAGCCAGCACCUCACCUCAGAACCCACAGGCCACCAUCCCCCACAUUGGGCCACCUGUAGGCACAGAUGGGCGGCCACACACCCAUGGCCCCAGACCAAGGGGCUGCCCCUGACAGACCCAUCUGUUGAGGUUUACCCCAAACCCCAGGCAGCUAUGCAGAAUAAAAUACACUGCAGACCACC